GCCCCCGCGCGCCAGCCGCCAGCGCACAGCCAGUCGCUGCCGAGCCGCCGCCGGGUCGAGUCGCCGCCCCCCGCGAGCGCCCGCGUGUCCGAGCCCAAGCACCUGCUCGGCGAGCAGCACGUCGCCGGCGAGGACCUGCACACCAGGACGACGGCGGGUAGCUCCCGCACGACCUGCGCGUCCUCGUGGGCUCCGAGGCGCGCAGCGCCCCCGCCCGCCCAAACGGCCGACGAGGUCUGCCUGCGAUAACGACGACGACGACAACGACGACCGUGUAUCUCCUUGGCUCCGUCCCCGAGAACAGGAACCUCGUGGCCUCCACGCCCGCAGCCUCCACGACGACAACGACCACCACGGGGCCAGCUCCCCCCGGCUCGCCCGCGCGCGCCGCGGCCGCCGCCGUCGACACCACCGACACCUCCUCCGCCUCCCUGAAGCGGAGCAUAGGCGCCCGUCCUCAGCAGCCAUUCCGGAGGGAUGUGAUGGCCGGGCCAGCCCGUGACGGCCUUCAGGGCGGCGCCCCGGGUCGCGGCCGGCCGUGGUGCAAGGCGCGCCUCUCCAAGCCCCGCCGGACGCUCAACGCCAUCCUGAGGACGUCGCGGCGGCUCGGGGUGGCCGUCGAGGACCUGGGGCGCCUGCGCGGGGCGCAGGCCCUGCUCCAGGAUGCGACCGCCGCCGCCGCCAGUCGCGGUCGACGCCGGAGCCCGAGGAAGGUGCACGACCCGGACUUUCUGGCCGCCGGCAUCCUCUUCGCACUCAUGAUCGCCGUCCUGGCCGGGGUCAUGGCCGCCAUGCUCGUCUCGGAGCACGCCGCUGACCUCCACGCCAACAAAUCGGUGGUCGGCGCUGGAGCGCUGCGCGACGCGGUUCUCCACACCCGGAGGGGCUCCGACGCGGCCGCCAACGUGGUCGCCGUCGACGCCCUCGAGGACGAGGACGACGACAGCGGCGGGCGCAUCCUGGCGUCGGCGGCCGAGGAGGACGGGCCGCGGGACGACGCCGGCGUCGACGAAGCCGUGCCCGCCUACCUGCUCGAGCUGCUGCAGAACCACCGCAACCGGCAGCACCUCGAGGAGGACUUCGGCUACCACGACGACUACCGGGAGCGCUACGACGGCUUCGACACGCCGCCGCCCUUCCGCCAGCGCCACAAGCGCGCCAACAAGAAGCCGCAGCGUGAGGUGCGCGCCAGCGACCUGGAGAUCUCCGAGGAGGAGGCCUUCUCCACCAGGGUGUUCGUGACCACGCCGCGGCGCCAGCGGUAGCGGCGCGCCCCGCGCGUCUCCGCCUGGCACUAGCGGCCGCGGCGUCACCGCGCCAUCACAGCCCCCACCAGCUUCUGCGACUUCAACAUGACGCUUCGAACAUUUGUCGACGAUUGUCGCAUGCAGCCGUCGUCAAAUGGUUUGAUUCAUUUUGAAUGUUUAUUUAAGCUUGCGGGGCUGCCAUUUUGUUCACUUGUUCUGAAGCAAAACACUUAAAAGUCUUUUUGCAAGGCUUGAGUUGGCGUUUAGAGCCUUAUUCGGAGUAAAACAACAUAAGAAGAGAAAUGUAACGGAUGAUUUAAUACAGUGCUUGGAGUUCACUGUAAGACUGGGGAUUGUCAGCCGCCGGGUUGUCCCGAGCUUUUGAUAGCGAUGUGAUGUGCUGUUCAUUUAAGUAAAUAUUUUUAUUACUACCUUGUCUGAUCCAAGCUUGAACUGUUCUGGGGAGAGGUAAGAUAGUUAAGUAUUUUUUCAAGUGUGUAGGCCGUGAAUUUAAUAAAGUGAUACUAUGACGGAACAUAUGUGUCUAUUUUCUAACUGUAUAUAAUUGUUAACUACGUAGCUUUUAUUUGCUUUACAGUUAAACCUUUGUUUUUAUUUGCUUGAACAAUAAGUUGUGACAAAUUGCAAAGCUUUCGGAAUUCCGAAUACCCACGGUUAUGGUAAAUAUUCACAACCCAUCCGGAUCUUGCCUCAGUAUGCUAAAUGUGUGUUAAAAUCCUAGUUGUCAUAAGGUAUUUUUUAUAUAACAAAAAAAGUAUAGCUAGAAGAAAUUUGUAAUUACAUGUAAAUAAAGUUUAAAAUAAACAGUUCUGAUUUGAUG